AUGGUUAGGUUUGGGAAAAAGUUGACGGCCGGCCAAGUUCCAAAGUGGAGAGGUUACUAUAUAAAUUACAAGCUGAUGAAGAAGAAAGUAAAACAAUAUGGGCAGCAGCUCCAACAGGGAGAGAAAGACCGUUGCCGUGUUCUCAAGCAUUUCUCAAAGAUGCUUGAUGAUCAGGUAAUUCUAAGAGAUGGAUCUCUGCCAAUUCAUUACUUCAUUCUCCCUGAUCUGAGUUUAACCUGCAGACUUUAG